AAGAAGGUGCAGUUGCAUGAGUUGACGAAUUUUGCCGGCACUUUGCGUGGACUUAAAACGAUCACUUCCGGUCCCAAAGCUGGUGGACAGUCGCGAAGCGAAGAGGAUGAGUUGAUGCAUCGACGCUCGCCUGGAGGGGAGGGACUUGUCUUCCUCUACGCCAGUGUCAAGAGAAUGCACAAGUCUAUAUUCGGUGAUCUCAAAGGUGUUGAACAGGACCCGAUCUGCGGUACAUAA